AUGGCCAACUACGACCCGUACGAUCGGGAUUACUCUCGCCGCUAUGUGCGAGAGGAACGUCGAGAAGAUCCCCGUUAUCUCGACCCUCGAGACUCUUUUACCUCAAAGACUCACCGCGAGAUCGUCCCUCGUGGGCGUGAAGACAGCGAUCUAUCUAUAGAAGAGGUUCGCCGUGAAUUUCCCCCACCUGGCACCCGCGAUAUUCGUCGUGCUCGAUCCGCCGGACCAAACUACUACGAAGAAGAAUACGAAUAUCGUCGGGGAUACGACCCUCGCGAUCGUGAAUAUGACCGCCGUUCUCACCGGGGAGGGCACUCUAGCCCCUACUACGAGGAUGAGGAUCGCAAGCCCAAGUCUAAGGGAAUGUCCAAGAACGAGAAGAUCAUUGCAGCCGUCGCCGGCGCCGCCCUUCUUGCUGGCGGUAAGGAGUUGUAUGAUCGCCGUGAAGCCAAAGAGGAGCGCACUGAAAUCCAACGCAAUCCCCUCUCUACCGCAGCCCUAGCUGGUGUUGGCGCUCUAGCCGCCUAUCAGGGCGCUCAGUUUUACGACAAGCAGCAGGCCAAGAAGGAUCAGAAGGCCAACAUGAUCCUCCAACGAGGCCGUGAUGGCUACUACAGCGAUUAUUACUCAGACGAAGAUGAAAGCCCCAGAGAGAAGAAGGGCCACAAAAACUUCCUUGAGAGUGCCAUUGCAGCUACUGGUCUUGGCGCUGCCGUGAAAAGUCUUACCGGCGGUGGCUCAGAAGAUAACAGGAGCCGCCGCGGAGGCAGUCCCUCGAGUGAGCGAUCUCGCUCUCAUGCUGGUGGCAGCGGUGGCGCCAACAAGAUCCAAAAGGCUGCCAUGGCCUCUCUUCUUGCUGGUGCUACAGAGGCCUUCCGUGUCGCCAAGGAGCCCGGUGGUUGGAAGGGUGAGAAGACCAAGCGCAUCCUUACCGCUGCUGCUGGUGCCGCUGCUGUCGAUACAGCAACUGAUGACAAGGGAGGAAAGCGAGGUCUAGCUGAAGCUGUCAUCGGUGGCUUGGUCGGUAACCGCUUGAUCAAUGGUUCAAGAAACGAUAUAGAGGAGGAUCGCAAGACUGGCCGUAGCCGCUCGCGCUCGCGCGCCCGUUCCAAGUCCCAAGGAGGCGGAAGCGGCGGGGCCAGCGGCCUAGCUGCUCUUGCAACCGCUGGUCUAGGUGCCCUCGGCGCAAAGAAGGUUCUGGAUCGCUCAAGAUCGCGAUCCAGGAGCCGCAGCGUAAGGGGAAGGGGAAGGAGCGCCUCUUAUAGCCCCUCUCCAGACCGUCGCCGCCAGCGCAGCCGAAGCCGCAGCGUUGUUGACAAGGCUCGCAAUGGCUUGGCCAAACUUGGUAUUGGGGCCAGCACAGGAGCAGCUGCCACCGAUGAAUACCAACGCCGCCGCGAUCAGGAUGACUUCAGCGAGCGUGGUGGCAGUCGCUCCCGUCGAUACUCGGAUGACAUGCACGAUGACAGACGAGCUGGCAGCAACCGAGACUAUUACGAUGACGACCGAUCCUAUCGAGAGAAGCCCAGAGAGAGGCGACGUGGAGGACGCUCUGAUUACUCCUCUUCGUCAUCAGACAUUGGAGAUUCUGAUGAAGACGAGAAGCGAGCAAAGAAAAUGAGAGGUAAGCAAAUCAUCACUACAGGCUUGGCGGCCGUAGCCACUAUCCACGCAGCGCACGGGGUCUAUUCUAGUAUGGAGAAGAGGAAUGCCAGACACAAAGCUGUCAAAGAGGGACGACUGAGCGAGGUUGAUGCCAAGAAGCUCAAGACCAAAGCGAUUAUGCAAGACGCCGCAUCCGUGGGCAUUGCUGCUAUGGGUAUCAAGGGAGCUAUAUCCGAGAUGAAGGAAGCCAAGGACUUGACAAAAGAGUGCAAGGAAUUCAACCAAGAGAAGGCUCGCCGUCAUGAAAAACGACUGGAACGCCGGGUGAGACAUCAAUCGAUGGGCGAUGGCAGGUCAAGAGCCGACAGCUGGGCUCCUUCGUCUCGGAGAGUUGAUGGGUACGACUCGGACCUUGAGUAUGAAUACUCUGACCCCCGAGACUACCAAGGCAAACCAUACAGAGGCAAUACCUUCCCUGCGGAACCGUACGGGAUGGACACCUACAGGAGAAAUCCCAACGGGUUGCCAUCUCCCUAUUGA